AAGGGUCUUGUUGAAGAGAUUAUCAAAGAUCAUUGGAAGAACUGUUCAAGAUUUUCAUGAUCAUCAUUUUUUAUGUCUACUUUUUCAUGCUGGCAAAUGUUGGACGGUUUGACAUGAAUAAAUGAAGCAGAGAACUCAGUCUUGCUGUAGAUGUGAAUUCGUGGCUUGCUCAUAUGUACAUGAUCAAUAUUUCUUAUUGUUUUAAAGACAGUGUUCUUUAUACACAUUGAUGAUAUUUUUUGUGAACUAAGCUUCAUAGAAACAUUUUUAUACUUCACUGGCUGCAAUAUUCAGAAAAACAUUUUGUAUUUUAAUUGAACUUAAAGCAUUGAACUCAGAGCAUCUUGAGAUAUUAUCAAAGAUCACAGGUGGUGGAAACAGCAGUAUUUAUUGAGUAUAAAAUACAACAGAAAAUUGCUCCAUAUUUCGAUAAGAAAAAUUAUAGAAAAUGAAUCGUGUGAGAACAAAGUUACGUCGAAAGGGCAGUUUUAAAAAAAUUGGUUUUUCUAAUAGGAAAAAAGACAUGGGUAAAACAUCAUACUACUGUGAUAUCUGUGGCAAAUCAUUCUCUCAAAAUGGUAACUUAGAAGCUCACAAACGUAUUCACACUGGAGAGAACCCAUAUCGCUGUGACAUCUGUGGUAAAUCAUUCUCUCAAAAUAGUAACUUAAAAACUCACAAACGAAUUCAUUCAGGAGAGGAGCCAUAUCACUGUGACAUCUGUGGCAAAUCAUUCUCACAAAAUUCCAAUUUAGUUAAACACAAGCAUAUUCAUACAGGAGAGAAACCAUAUUACUGUGAUAUCUGUGGUAAGUCAUUCUCUCAAAAUGGUAACUUAAGAACCCACAAACGAAUUCAUUCAGGAAAGAAGCCAUAUCACUGUAAUAUCUGUGGUAAAUCAUUCUCACAAAAUUCCAAUUUAACUAGACACAAACACAUUCAUACAGGUGAGAAGCCAUAUCACUCUCCAAUCAGUGAUAAAUCAUUCUCAAAAAAGAGUAUUUUACCUACGCACAACUGUAUUCAUACAGGUGAGAAGCCAUAUCGCUGUGAUAUCAGUGGUCAAUCAUUCUCUAAAAAAAAAUUAAGGACUCGCAAACGAAUUCGUUCAGGAGAGAAGCCAUAUCACUGUGACAUCUGUGGUAAGUCAUUCUCUCAAAGUGUUAACUUAAGUACUCAUAAACGAAUUCAUAGAGGAGAGAAGCCAUAUCGCUGUGAUAUCUGUGGUAAAUCAUUCUCUCAAAAUUGGAAUUUAGUUAGACACACGCGUAUUCAUACAGGAAAGAAGACGUAUUGCUGUGAUAUCUGCAGUAAAUCAUUCUCACAAAAUUGGAAUUUAGUUCGACAUAAACGUAUUCAUACAGGAAAGAAGACAUAUUGCUGUAGAAUCUGUGGUAAAUCAUUCUCACAAAAUGGCAAUUUAACUACACACAAAUAUAUUCAUAGAGGAGAGAAGCCAUAUCACUGUGAUAUCUGUAGUCAAUCAUUCCCUCAAAAUGAUCACUUAAGUACUGACAAACGAAUUCAUAGAGGUGAAAAACCAGAUCACUGUGAUAUCUGUGGUAAAUCAUUCUCUCAAAAUAGUAAGCUUGUUUAA